AUGUCGAAUCCGACUGAGAUUCUCAUUGAGAAACUCAAGCUUCAACGUCUCCUCUGCGAGAGAGUAUUUGUAAAAUGGGAAGAUCAAUCAGGUACAUCUUGUACAUUAGGUUCCCGUUUGAAUCAGAACAAGCAGAAUCUCAAAUUUUGCCUAGCUGUAUAUUAUGAUACAGAAGGAUAUAUCCAUGUUCAUUUUUCCCUUAAAGUAUCUAUUACACUUUCAGGCAACAAACAGGAAAUGGAGAUGUUAUUGGUUGUUCCUCCAAAUGCCAACUUCGCAGAUCCUUCCGAACCUUGUUUAAUAUCGAAUAUCGAUGAGUUAUCUCAUAUCGAUGCUUCUGCUAUUCAUGAGGCUGAAAUUAGCGAUUCAGUAUCUGUUUUCCGUAUACAAUUCGAUCUGUCUACAAAUGGGUUCAUCGUUAUGAAGAAAAAGAGUACAACUAUUAAGCCACGGAACACAAGCUCAACCAAAUUGAUUUGUGGCCUCGAAUCUCUAUCUAGGACGAAAACCUUCACCGUAUAUAUCAAGCCAAAUGAUUAUGCGCUGGUAGGUAUACAAGAGGUUCGCAAUCGCUUAAGCGAAACUGGUAGUCCUACCAACCUACACAAACCCAACAUGAAGGAAAUGUAUAUUCGAUGUGCACCUGAAUUAGUGGAAUGGAGUGAAUUUGACCCAACAUCACUACCACCAGUAUAUACCGAGAAUGAUCAGUUGAUUCCGGAAGUGCAGGUUCCCCAGUCACCGCCAACCAUUUUGGAACAGCAAACCCCAUCAAUCAAUACUAUCGAAAUGGUGAUUGCGGAAACACCAACUCCUACUCGAAUUAGCCCGAGCCCUGCACCGGUGCUGCAUGGCAUCUUCUCUCCUAGCAUCGAAGAACCGACUCGUACUCCAAUUAGCCCGAACCUUUCACAGCCGCGUGACAUCUCCUGUCCUAGUAUCGAAGAGUUGCACGAUAUCGAAGAACAGUUAAGACAUGUGGUAGAGAGUUCGAGAUAUAUCGCAACGAACUGCAACAUAAACUCAAACGAAGAACAUCUCGUUAACUUGAAUUCUCAAGAACAACCAAAUCAGCAAGCAAUUUCAAAGAUACUUAAGUCGAAGUUUGUGAACUGGAUACACAGAGCAAGGCUGAUAAACUCAAAUGUAUACAAACACAAACGUUUAAAUACUAAGCUAACAAUUCUGGGUAAUUGUAUCCGUACAUCUAAUACUAAAGUAUUUGAUGCUAUUGUACCCUGGUGUUCUGCGCUAUUGUUCUACAACCCAUUUGAUUCCGACAACACUCUCGAGUUAUAUGAGAAGAGAAAUCGAUGGCUUAUCUCAGAUAUAGCUGAGCUGAUUAAAUGGGCUAAUGAAGUUCACUAUGGCGCCGAGAUGACUUCGUCAUUGGUAAAUGAUUUUAUAAAGCUAGGUGAUAUUGCUCGCGCGGUUGCUCUACACCCUGGAUAUAACAAAGACGAGUAUGAGCUUCAGAAAAGUCUUUGUAUUGUUAAUGUAUUUAUAGAAUUUGGCAAGCCGGGUGCUAGUAUGACCACGGCUGUUUCUCGAAAAAGCUUGGAAACUGACAGCAAUAAUCCGUCUAAGCGAGUAAAGAUAUAA